AUGGCAACCAUUCCCAUUGUUGUCAAACACCAGGGCAAAAAAUACGAUGUCGAUCUUGACCCCUCCGCGACCGGCGAAGUCCUCAAGUUCCAGCUCUUCUCCCUGACUGGCGUCGAACCCGACCGUCAAUCUCUCCUCAUCAAAGGUGGCAAGCUGAAAGAUGACACCGAUUUGUCCAAGCUCAAUGCAAAACCCGGUCAGAUCUUCACCAUGCUCGGUACUGCGUCUGGUGAGGGUAGUGCAAUGAUCGCGCCGCCUACCGAGAAGAUCAAGUUCGCCGAGGACAUGACCGAAGCCGAAGCUGCCGCUCAAGAAGGUGCUACUCCGGCUGGCCUCCAGAAUCUGGGAAACACCUGCUACUUGAAUUCUACUCUGCAAGUCCUUCGCAGCAUACCCGAGAUGCAAGACACCCUCAAAAUCUACAAGGCCGAACAAUCUACCGCCAGUUUGCAAGACCUGAGUCGCCAUGGGCUCAGCGGGCUCGGCGCAAACAACGAUCUGACUGCCCAAUUACGCGACCUCUACAAGCAGAUGUCCGAAACACAAGAAGGGUUACCGCCCUUGAUGUUCCUCAGUUCUCUGCGAGCCAUCUAUCCUCAAUUCGCUCAGAAGGCAAAGAAUGGCCAUGGUUAUGCUCAGCAGGACGCGGAGGAGGCUUGGUCACAGAUAGUCCAUCAGUUGCGGGGAAAGCUCAAGAUCACAGACACACACGCACAAGAUCAGAAAGCCAUUGCCUUCAUCGAUCGCUACAUGGCUGGUUCGGUUCAUUCAUCCCUUGCCCCUCCUGCCGAGGUGGGAGACAACGAACCUACUGUCGAGUCCGACGACACCUUUCUGAAGCUGGACUGCCAUAUUGACCAGACAACCAACCACCUUCGAGACGGAAUCCUUGCUGGUCUUACCGAGGAGAUUGAAAAGCGUUCCCCAACGCUCGAUCGUGACGCAACGUACGUGAAGACCUCGCGGAUAUCUCGGCUGCCUCAGUACCUGACGGUCCAUUUCGUUCGAUUCUACUGGAGGCGGGACAUCCAGAAGAAGACCAAGAUCAUGCGCAAGGUCACGUUUCCGGAGGAGCUAGACGUGGUGGAGUUUUGUACCGAGGACCUGAGGAAGCGCCUGAUUCCAGUUCGUGACAAGGUUCGCAACAUCCGUAAGGAUGAAGUGGACGUUGAGCGUGCUAGAAAGAGACAGAAACUUGCCCACAAGCAAGAAGCAGACCGUGCGCACGACGAAGCAUUGAAGGCUGUCGAGGCUGCCCCGAUUGCGAAGCUAAGGGAGCACAAGGAGAAAAAGGACUCGAAGAGCAAGGAGCCCGAGGGUGGCGAAAUGGAUGUCUACAAGACGGACGCCGAGUAUGAGGCAGAACGCGCGGCAUCGAUCAAACAAGCCAAGAAGGAGCUGUUCGAAGUGAUUGACCCCGAGCUCGCAGCUGACGAAGGAGCAAACAAGUCGGGCUUGUAUGAGCUCCGAGGUGUCAUCACUCACCAGGGUGCAAGCGCUGACAGUGGCCAUUACACGAGUUUUGUGAAGAAGCAGGCUCGACUGGUCGACGAUCCAAAGGCGCCGGGCGGCAAGCGCAAAGAGGAAGAUGGCAAGUGGUGGUGGUUCAAUGAUGACAAGGUCAGUGAGGUGGACGCAGAGAGGAUCAUGACUCUUGCGGGUGGUGGCGAGAGUGCUUCUGCCCUGAUUCUGCUCUACCGUGCCAUUGACCUGCCCACCAAGGAUGAAGUCGACGAGUAA